AUGGCGGCAGGGGAGAUUUCUCCCUCAAUUUUAGCUAGUUUAGUUUUUAUUGUAUUUGUUAGUGUGACAAAUGCACAAGUGUUAACGCCGCCGUAUUUUAACAUAGCACAAGGUAGAAAUAUAACCGCGACUGCAACAUGCGGGGUUCCAAACGUCGAACUUUACUGUCGAUUGACAGGAGCCACGGGUUACAAAGAAGCGGCGAGCCGGGAGGUGAUACAGGGCCAGCUGUGUGACUACUGCAAUCCUUCCAACCCCAGUCAGGACCAUGGACCCGAAUUCGCCAUUGAUGGAACUCAGAGCUGGUGGCAGAGUCCGCCUUUGUCGAGAGGGAUGCAGUUCAACGCAGUCAACCUCACAAUCCACCUGGGUCAGGAGUUCCACGUGGCUUACGUUUUCAUCAAGAUGGCAAAUUCUCCACGACCAGGGGUUUGGGCACUCGAACGAUCCACUGACUUUGGCAAGACAUGGUUGCCAUGGCAAUAUUUUGCAGAUACACCCAGUGACUGCUACAAAUUCUUCAGGACUGCAGCCAACACCACCAUCGACCGCGACGAUCAAGUCAUCUGUACAAACGAAUUCUCAAAAGUUGUCCCACUGCAAAAUGGUGAAAUUGUUGUAUCUCUGGUUAAUGGUCGACCGAAUGCCCAGAACUUCUCGUACGCCUAUACCCUGCAGAACUGGACAAAGGCCACCGACAUCCGAUUACGACUGAUCAGAACCAAGAAUCUUCUUGGACACUUGAUGGCCAUCGCAAGACAGGAUCCCACUGUUACCAGGAGGUAUUAUUACAGUAUCAAGGACAUCUCGGUAGGCGGUCGGUGUGUGUGUAAUGGUCAUGCGGAGACGUGCGACCGACCCGAUCUGGAGGACAAGAACAAACUGCUGUGUACCUGUCAACACAACACGUGCGGGGACCAGUGCGAGUUCUGCUGUCCGGGCUUCGUCCAGAAGAAGUGGAGAAGAGCGCUCAUCGAUAGACCUUUCCAGUGUGAACCCUGUCAGUGUUAUGGACACAGCAGGGAGUGCAUCUACGAUGAAGAUGUUGCCGGACGGCAACAGAGUAUUGACAUAUUCGGCAAGAAGGAGGGUGGAGGAGUGUGCCAGAACUGUCAGCACAACACGAUGGGAAUCAACUGUGAGAAGUGUGUGGCGGGGUACUACCGGCCAUAUGGUAUAGAUCUCAAUCAAACUGAUGCCUGUCGACCCUGUGAGUGUGACCUCCAUGUGUCGACGGGCGAGUGUGAGGCUGAGAGCGGACGAUGUCUGUGUCGUAGGGAGUACACCGGAGAAUACUGUGACAGGUGUAGUGCUGGAUACUUUGGUUACCCCAACUGUGUGCCAUGUGAAUGUAACAUCAACGGGACAGAAAACGCCAUAUGCACAGUCCAGUCUGGGCACUGUCCGUGCAAGUUCAAUUAUGUCGGCCGCAAAUGUGACAUGUGUGCAUUUGGUUUUUAUGAUUUUCCAGAAUGUAGACCGUGUGAAUGUAACCAGAUCGGUGCCCCUAGUGACACGUGUAAUGUCGAUGACGGCCAAUGUCAGUGUCAAAGCAACUACGGAAGUCGUGACUGCAGUCAGUGUGCUGAUGGAUUCUUUGGCUUUCCAAGAUGUGACUACUGUAACUGCGACUCGUCGGGCACGCAGGUUGAGAUCUGUGAGAAGCAGACCGGUAUGUGUAUCUGUAUGCCAAACUACACCGGUGAGCGGUGCGAUCGAUGUACUCCAGGAUUCUUUGGCUUUCCGCGAUGUCAAGAAUGUCGCUGUUCUGACAUUGGGUCACUAACUCCUAUCUGUACGGAGACCGGCCAGUGCCGAUGCCAGCAGAAUUACGGAGGAAUCAACUGUGACCGGUGUGCGCCGGGCUACUACAAGUUCCCAGACUGCAUUCCUUGUAACUGUGAUCUGUACGGUUCGCUGGCUGUGUCGUGCAAUGAAACAUCUGGUCAGUGCAGUUGUCGUAGAAACUUUGAUGGAAUUCAGUGUGAAAAAUGUCUGGAAGGAUUGUACAACUACCCCAUUUGUGAAGCUUGCAACUGUAAUCCGAAUGGCGCCAAGGAGGUGCCCGGCUACCCGCUAGGAGGAUGUGGCACGGUGAGACAGGGUCACCUCUGCGAGUGUAAAGACCGGGUUCACGGACGAUUCUGUGAGAAGUGUAUUCCAGGUUACUGGAAUCUUAACCGCAACAACCCAGUGGGAUGUGAGGAGUGUAUGUGUUUUAAACCCGGAACGCUGGCUGGUAUCAACGUGUGUGACUCGAGGACCGGCCAGUGUAUGUGUAAACCCGACGUCGGGGGCCAGGACUGCGAUCAGUGUCUAGAUGGCUACUUUGACCUGCAGGAAGGAAACCCUUUUGGAUGUUACGACUGCCAGUGUGACACAGGAGGCUCGGUGACACUGACCUGUGACAAGCUGUCUGGACAGUGUGUCUGUAAACCGAGAGUUACCGGCCUCAAAUGCAACAAGCCGAUUGACGCCCACUAUUUUCCAACCCUGCAUCAAUACCAGUUUGAGAUUGAAGAUGGUUUAACACCAGAGGGAGCUAAGAUCCGAUAUGGCUACGAUGAGAGAAUCUUCCCAGGAUACUCGUGGAGAGGAUAUGCAAUUCUCACUGGUUUCCAGCCUGAAGUUCUAUUGGAGAUUGACAUCUCGAAGCCUAGCCUGUAUUACGUGAUAUACCGGUACAUCAACCGUAAUGACAACACCGUGACAGGGGAGGUUACUCUGACACCGACGACCUUGGCCGACAUUGAACAGAAGAGUAGCGUAACGUUCGCUGCAUCGCUGGAUCCAGCCUUCACGAAUGUCGGACAGAGCGGCGUCAGCACAUCAUUUGUGCUAAACCCAGGCCGGUGGACCAUCUCAACCAAAGUUCCAGAGGCCGUAUUUCUGGACUAUUUUGUUCUCAUUCCACAAGGCUACUUCGAGGCGAGUGUUCUGCAGGAAAAGAUUAUCCACCCUUGUGCCAUGCCUGGCGACCAAGGACCAUGCCUGCACUAUGAAUACCCGAAUAUCCUGGUAUACCCAACAGUGCGCGGCGAAAACGCGUACGUGAUCGUGGACCAGAACCGAGCCAGUGCCGGUCUCGUGUCGGAUAACAAUGUGCUCGAUGAGCUGGGGUCAGCUGGACUUGUGGUGGUCAACAAAAACCAGACAUUCUUCUACAUGGAUCUGGUUGUUCCCGAUCCGGGUAUGUACGUCCUCCUCGUGAACUACCACAACCCGUCCGGUCGCACGCAGGAUCUCAACAUCAACAUCGCAUCACUGGCAGGCAGGGAGACAGCCAUGAUUAAUCUGUAUGCUUGCAAAUACAGCACCCUGUGUCGCCAGGUUGUGAAGGACGACCUUGGCAUGGUGGCCAUGUUCAACAUCAGCACGGGAUACAUUUCUCUCACAAUCACCGGAGACGAGAACUCGGACGUGGCAAUCGAUUCUGUGGUGGCUGUGCCGUACAGUGAGUGGAAGUCUGAUUUCAUCAAACCAAGAAUCAUCUGUAUCCGAGUUAACGGAAUUUGCCUUGCCUCAACGUAUUCGACUCCAGUCGGCUCACUGAGACUUGACUUUGAGCAGCCUCCCAACGAACAUCUCCUGGCUGUCGACCUGCCUCACAAUGUACAUGACACCAGUGUCGGACUGGUGUUCCUGAACACCUCGCAGACGACCGUUGAAGUCGGUGGAACGGUGUCGCGACCUAGUCAGUAUGUGUUUCUCGUUCACUUCUACAUGCCGAGCGAAGUUGGUCUCACAAUACCGGUCACUGUGUUCACAAACGGACAGAUUGUCGAAGGUGUGUUCAGUCCCACUUACUGUCCAAGUGUGACCGGUUGCCGAGCAACGAUUCGCUUCCCCGACACAGGAGACAUCGUCACGCUGAAGGAUCCGUCAGUCCGUCUUCUUUUCAACAACACCAAGGGAGGACGCAUCUGGCUGGAUUAUGUUCUGGCUUCCCCUGCCAACCAGUUUUCACCACGUGACCUUGAACUUCAGCCAAUUGAUAAAUCUGGAGAAUUCCUUGAACAGUGUGUUGAUGAGGGAUUUGUGCUCAAGUCUGACAGUGAGUUCUGCCGGGAGAGCGUCUUUACACUGACAUCGGAGUACAACAAUGGCGCGCUGCCCUGCUCCUGCGACAUCGACGGCUCCCUGAGCUUCACGUGCGAGCCGUUCGGGGGUCAGUGCGAGUGCCGAGAGAACGUCAUCGGUCGAAACUGUACGGUGUGCAAACCGGGAAAUUACGGCUUCCCCAGGUGUAAACCGUGUAACUGCCCGUACGGGCUGUGUCACCCGUUCAGUGGGGAGUGUAUCUGUCCUCCACGGGUCGAAGGUGAGAGGUGUGACAGGUGUGCACCUGAGACGUACGGCUUUGAUCCUUUGAUUGGAUGCCAGCUGUGUAACUGCGACCAGUAUGGUGUGGAGGAUGAAGAUCUGAACUGCGAUCAACAGACAGGAGAAUGCAGAUGCAAGCCGAAUGUUGCUGGUCGACGUUGUGAUACGUGUGACCCGGGAUACCACUCGUUCCCGUACUGUCAGAAAUGUAUCUGUGACCAGCGUGGAACUCUGGAAGGAAUCUGUAACCAGCGCACUUCAGAGUGUUUGUGCAAGGAUCACGUCACUGGCUCAGGCUGUGACAACUGUGCGGCAGACAUGUUCUAUCUGGACCGGGAGAACCCCAAAGGCUGCACCAAGUGUUUCUGCUUCGGGACCACCUCCAGGUGCGACAGCUCCGCACUCUUCUGGGAUAAGAUAAGCGACAUGGCUGACUGGGAGAUAACGAACACGGUUGACGGUGCGGUGAUUGACGCAGGAAGAACGAUCGCUGUGAGGGCCAAGGACAACAUUGCUGAUCCACAGGCGGCCAUGUACUGGGUGGCACCGAGCUCUUUCCUCGGAAACAAGAUCAAGUCAUAUGGAGGAAAGCUCUCGUACUCUGUGCUGUACACACUGCCCCGUGAGAACCCAGACAGAUCAGAGGGUCUCAUCAAACCUGACGUUAUACUGACUGGUAACAACAUGACAAUAGUUCACAACAAUGUUGAACAACCUGUGGCAAACGCUCAUUCAGCUCAAGUCCUGGAACUUUACGAGUAUAACUUUGUGCACCAGCUGAGCAGUGACGAGGUUAGCCGAGAACUGUUCAUGAUGAUCCUUAUCAACCUACAGGCCUUGCAUAUCCGUGCUUCAUACUACACCCUCAUAGAUGAAGCCAGACUGACUGAUGUUUCACUGGAGAAAGCGACUGAGGCUGGGCUGGGCGAUGCAGCUCUAGAUGUAGAACAGUGUCAGUGUCCACCCAACUACAAGGGAACGUCUUGUGAGGAGUGUGCUCUCGGGUAUUAUCGCUCUCACACCACACCGUACUUGGGCAUCUGUGUUCCCUGUGAGUGUAACAACCAUGCUGACAGCUGUGAUCCAGUCACUGGAGAAUGUCUGAACUGCAAAGACAACACGACUGGUACCCAUUGUGAGAAAUGUCUGGCUGGUUACUAUGGUGACACAACCACUGGUGGCUGCUCAAUCUGUGCUUGUCCUCUUCCUGUCCCAUCCAACAACUUUGCGACUUCCUGUAUUGUCUCGGAGGAUGGUCGAAGGACAUUUUGUGAAUGCAAGCCAGGCUACUACGGUCCGAAUUGUGAGGCGUGUGCCCCUGGUCACUAUGGCGAUCCAUCGCGGCUGAACGACUACUGCCGACCGUGCGGCUGUAGUGGUAACAUCAACGUGAACGACCCCGGAAGCUGUGACCGGAUGACCGGUCAGUGUCUGAUCUGUCUGAACAACACGGCUGGCUCCGACUGUGGACUCUGCAAGGACUGGUGGUUCGGUGACGCUAUUCGAAACAAGGAUUGUUCUCCCUGUACGUGUUCUCGCUGUGGAUCAGACAGGUGUGAGAAUGUCAACGGUGUGUGCAUGUGUAAACCAAACAUCAUAGGACCGGACUGUGAUAGGUGUGCGCCGUACACCUAUGGUUAUGAAUACUGCACUGGUUGUAUAACAUGUGACUGCGGAGCGGCCUCUGUUGACCCUCAGUGUGACCUUCGCACGGGUCAGUGCACGUGUCAGCCCGGGGUUGUUGGUCAGAAGUGUGACCAGUGUGAAAAUGGCUACUGGAAUUACGGACCACAAGGAUGUCAGAAAUGUGACUGUCUGUCUGACGGUGCGAUCACGUGUGACCCUGAGAGCGGUCGGUGUCAAUGUUAUCCAGGCGUCACAGGGCGGAUGUGUGACAAGUGUCUGCCUCGCUGGGUCCUCGUGCCAGACAGAGGGUGUCGAGAAUGUGACGAGUGCGUGAACAUUCUGCUGGACGACCUGGAUGUGAUGGACCGGAACGUGACCGUGACGCGUCGUCAGCUCGCCAGUGUGUCGGUCGGAGUGGCCGCCUUCCAGAAACUGGCUCAGAUCAACCACACCGUCUCACACCUCAGGCCGUACGUUGAGAGUUUACACCGAGAUGAGGAAACAGUGACACAGCCCCCGUAUGACACGGACGAGAUCGCCAAACUGGCAGACACGGCCCAACGAGCUCUCGACAGGGCCAAGCAGGCAGAAGUGACGGCAGCCGCAGUGGCCGAUGAUGUUCUGGACAUCCGAGACGAAGCGCUGACUACUGAGAGAGAUGUCCGUAUGAGAGCGGCCGAUGCUAACAGUGCUGUGGAGUACGUGAACACGGUCCUCAGAAGGAUUCUCGAGAGGAUUCACGUCACCAACAUCGACACCUACAUCUCGGAGGCUGAGAGAAUCCUUGACGAAAUCGUCGCACGCAACUUCACAAGUGCAAACGAGAGCAGCAAGACUGAACACGAGGAGGCCAUCAAAGCCCUGGACGCGGUGAAGGUGUUGCUAGGCGAGGUCCAGGCUCAGCUGGACAAAACGAAGGAGAAGGGUGAGACAGUGACCGACAUUGGGACAAGGUUUUACGACCUGCAGAACAGCAGCCGCUUCUCCCUACGUAAUGCUCAAGACGCCUUUGAUAUCGUCAGUCGGCUCAAAGCAGUCACUCUGGAAGUCUUGGAUAAAAAUCUGAAGAGUAUAGCGAUGAAUGAGGAAGACACGAUUUCACUGCUGGACAUGGCUCGUGAGUUGCUGGACAACGCCAGGAUGGCCCUUGACAGCUGUACAGAGGCGUUCUUUGAGCUGGGUCGCGUGUCGUCUCGACUGGACAAGGCAUCGACUGCGCUCAGCGUGUUUGUUGGUGACCUGAGCGCGAGACUGAACGGCACGGACUCGCUAGUCAACGAGAGCCUUCACCACGCGGCCAUGCUCAGUGAGCAGGCUCACGACCUUGACAGUCUAUACAUGGACACACGGGAAGUUGCGUCGAAUGCGCUGACCGCCGCCAACUCGUAUCGAGAUAUUGAUGAUGCUAUUGACAAAGCCUACAAUGCCUCCAAGAUGGCGCUCAGUGAAGCCGAAGAUGCCCUUAACAAGUCGAGUGGAGUUGGUGACACCUCUGCCAAGUCAAAGGAAAGAAGCAGUUCCUUGCUCCAAAAAGCCGAUUCAGCAUUCGACAAAACAGAAAAUGCCCUGUUUGACCGGCUGACUGUUGCCAAGACGAGCACAGAGAACCUGGAAAAGCAGAAUGACAAUGUGGAGAACAUGCUGAAAGAAGUGCACAGCACCAUGGACAACAUUCCAGUGUCGCCAGGGUCUCGAGCCCAGGCUGUGAUUGACAUCGCCACGGAUGCUACGCUGAAGAUAAAAGACAUCAACGACCAGCUGGCUGGCUACAUGCUGCAGAACGACAAAAACAAAACACAGGAGCUGGGAAACGCCAUCUUCAAAACAAAGAGGAACAUGCAGUUGGUUCAAAAUCAAAUCCGGUCAGUGCGAGGUUUGACUCCCGACAUUCAGGAACUACUUGGGACCCUGGGCGAGAAAGCCACCAAACUGACUGAUGUCGGGAACGUGGUAUCGGCGAAUGUUAACAAGUUGAAGCAGAGGAUAGCUUUAGCCCGAGAUGAAGCCAACAGGAUUCGAGUUGGGACAAAGUUCCUAGGCAACACGACAGUAACUCUGCGAAACCCACCAAACGUGGAGCAGGCUGGCUCCUACACCAAGGUGUCAUUCUUCAUUCAAACGGACCAAUCAAAUGGCUUACUUAUGUAUCUGGGAGGUGACCAGAAAUCGGGUAGACCAAUGCCUGAUGACUACCUUGCCCUGGAGAUUGUCGGAGGGAAAGUCAUUUUCAAGUUUGACCUCGGAUCUGGAGCAGCGAAUGUUGUGAGCGAUGUUCGUGUUGAUGAUAACAAGUGGCAUCAGAUCACUGCAACCAGAAUUGGUAAGACGGGAACGCUGGAGAUCCGCACUGACGAGGAGCCUGUUAGUCGCACCGAGGGAACGUCGGACGGAACGUUCACGGUUCUUGCUCUUAUCGCAGCCACAGCCAACAUGUUCGUUGGCGGGGUGCCGCAUGAUGUAGCGGUACCACCGAGUCUGAUAACGUACAACUUCAUUGGUGCCAUGGAAGAACUGAAAUUUGAUGAUGAAACUCUUGGACUGUGGAACUUUGUCAGUGGAGAAAACAACUAUGAAGGCCACAUGGAGAGGGAUGUGAUGAAGUCAAUUGUAUCCAAUGGUCUGCGUUUCAAUGGUAAAGGAUAUGCUAUUCUGAGCGCGAAGGAAGUUGGUCUCCGUCCAGCCAAGGUGGUGGAUGUUAUUCUCAAAUUCAAGACCUACGCCGACAAUGGUCUCCUGGUCUACAUGGAUGAUGGGGUCAAAUCGAAGGACUUUCUGUCUGUUGAGAUGCACGAUGGCAUGAUCUUCUUCCAGUACGAGCUGGGCAGUGGUCGAGCCAAGCUGAUGUCCACUGACCGCUACAACGACGGGGAAUGGCACCAGAUUCAGGCCAGUCGCAGCCAGAAGGAUGGAUUACUACAGGUCGACGGAGUUCAAGUUGACAUAGGGGGAUCUCCAGGAGGCUUGAAGCAGUUGUCUAUUCAAGAUUUCAUCUUUGUUGGUGGCUACAACCAGAUUCUCAUCAACAAGAAGGAUGUUACAAGUAUUGGUUUCGAUGGCUGUGUGAAGGACAUCCAGUUUGGCUCACAGACCUGGGAUCUGAAUGACAACAAGGGAGCUAUUGGGGUGGAUGCUGGCUGCCCUGAACAGAUUGCCCGUGUUGCUACAUUUAGUGCUGAUCGACCAGGCUACAUUGCUGUGGCUGCAAACAGCAUUGGCUCCAUGUUUGACCUGACCUUCAAGAUGAGGACAUUUGAGAACGAUAGUCUGCUUUUGUACGCAGCCAACGACAACCAGGAGAAUGCAUUUUCUGUUGCAAUCAGUAAGGGUAAGAUUGUGGUGACGAGUAAUCCCGGUGGUGAGAAGACGGUGUUGCAGAGUCGAGUCAACGAAUACAGCGAUGGCAAGUGGCACUACCUCUCUAUUAUGAAGAGUGGACAGAAGUUGACAAUGAACAUUGAUGACCAGGAGAUGAUCGACUCGACAACCGAGAACCAAGUCGACAACCUGAUGACAACCACCCCGCUGUAUUUCGGUGGAGUCCCGCCGACGUACACUAUCACCGAGACCGGCGUACCCACCACACUGAGAACUGUUGGCUGUAUUGGAGACGUCACCGUCAAUGAUAGAUUUAUCAACUUUGCCAGCAUCAAGGAGAGUGACCGACCCGGCAUCAACUUGGCUGGGUGUCCAAUCACUGGUGAGGAGGACUGGGAUUCACGACAGCCAGGCCUCGUGCCGGAGACAGGUGAAGACACAGGUGUCGACAAACCUGAUGUUGAACCAUCUGAGCACUGUGCCCUCCCAGCACAGACCGACCUGGAGGCUACAGGCACAGUUAGUGGCACACGAUUUGGAGCGGAAAAAGAUAGUCGAAGGGAAUAUCACAUGUUACCAACUCGUUUCAUACUGAGAUCAAUAUUUAGUGUUGAGUUUAAGACAUCUGCGGAGGAAGGUGUUAUUUUCUAUGUUAAUAACGAGAAACACACAGAUUACAUUGGACUGUCCAUCAUGCAGGGCUAUGUCGUGUAUGGAUUUAACUCUGGCAGUGGACGCGCGUUUGUCACCAGUCCUAGGAAGUAUAAUGAUGGAAGAUGGCAUACGGUGACGUUUGCGAGAGUUACAGUGAUGGGCACAAUGGAGAUAGAUGGCGAGAAAGUGGGUAAUUCCAAGUCUGGAGGUGGCACACGCUCUAUAAAUGUCAAACCUCCAUACUAUGUCGGUGGAAUCCCUGUGCAGUACAAGAACAUCAGCAAUGUGAAGACCAAUCUAAAGACUCGUGCGUCCAGCUUUGUCGGGUGUUUGCGGAACUUCCAGCUGAACAACAAAGACUUUGGCUUGCCAUCCAGUGAGAUAUCUGUGUAUCCGUGUUCAGACGCCAUGGAGGUGGGGACGUUCUACCACUCCAGCGGGGGAUAUGUGACACUCUAUGACAAGUUCAAGGUGGGUCUCGACCUGGAGAUCAGUCUGGAUGUGAGGCCACGGUCCACAUCGGGAGUUCUCCUAGCCGUGCACUCUCCCAAGGGAGACUACCUCGUGCUACAGAUGAUAGAAGGCAAAGUUCACUUUAUUGUUGAUAAUGGAGGUGGGGCAAUUGAAACCACAUUUGAACCAGGGACAAAGACAGCUCUGUGUGAUGGGCAGUGGCACACAAUUGAAGCGGUUAAGACCAAAGAGGUGAUUAAUCUGAAGGUGGAUGGCCGGUCGGCGAAGGCUGGGAUUGGCAAACCAGGCGUCUCUUCUGCCGACACAAAGGAUCCGCUCUUCGUUGGAGGAGCUCCAGAUUUUGGCAAGAAAGGAAUAUCAGCUGGCUCCAACUACCUGGGUUGUAUACGCAAUCUUUACCUGAACAACAUGAUUCAGUAUGUCGGUUCAGGGUCUGCAGUCGGGGACGUCAAGAUGGACUCCUGUCCGGUCCAAUAAGCUAGCUCAGCAUAAUACUGUCACCAUGGUUACAGAUAUGUUUUUAACUAUAUACCAUAUGUAUUUUAUCAGUUAUACCAAAGAGAGCUCAAAUCAAAAUUAAUUCAUGUCCCUGUUUUGUAUGCAUUUUUUAUGAAAAGAUUUUAAACUAAUGUUUUUUUUUAUAUACAUGUAUAUUUAAUGUGCCUGUGAAGGUUUUAUCAGAUUUACAAUUUUAAUAGCCUAGUAUGUAAAUACAAUGUCAAAAUGUUUCUUCACUGACAAUAAAACACGAAGGGUUCACGGGAAUAAAAAAUGUCCAAACAGAUAGUCAGUAUUAUAACGUUUGUGUAUGUCAAGGUCACAAUGACACACUAAAUUUAAAAACCUGUAAUUAUGGUAGGCGGUUAAAUGUAGUUGGUAAAUUAUGUUUACUUGGGCAUAAAUGUUCCAUGAUUGCUGAGUUGUAAACAUUAAAAUUAAACGUUUAUCACCUUACUAAAAACUACAGAAAGGGUAUGUGCAAGGUGUUACGAGUGUAUGUGCUGUGUACUAUAAUGUCAGUCUGAUCACUGAAUUGGGAAUUGCAUUAUUGGAAAGUAUACUCUGGGUCUAACCAGUAAUCGCCAAAUAGAGAAUAUACUCUGGGUCUAACUGUUAAUCGCCAAAUAGAGAGUAUACUCUGGGUCUAAGCGUUAAUCACUAAAUAUGAAUUAAAGCUGAAUUUGGCAAAUACAUCUUAUCAUUUAUUUGGUAAAAAGUCAAUUUGAAAAUCGUAUAAAUGUAUUUCUUUAAGGAGCUGUAAUAAUGCUAGACUGUGUUAGGAUAAAAGAAACACGAUUUUGGCAACAUAUUUUCUGACCAAAUUUGCCAAACUGAUGAUGAUGAUUUGGGCCCAGCUCAAAGCCUGGUUUGUAAGAACAUACGGACAGACCAAUAACAAAGAGCUUUACCAAUAAGAAUAACUGCAGAAUUAGGUUGAGAUAAUUACAUGCAUGUGAUAUGAGCAAGUGUAUAAAUAAUGUGUCCUUUUUUUAUUGUUAUUUUUUAAAGAUUCACACUAAAAACUUUGAGAAUGGUGCUCAAGAGAAUUUGGAUAAUGCAAUUGUUUGUUGUGAAAAUAUCAGCAACACUGUUUUGUAACAGAUGAAACUGAUAAAAUGUUUUUACAUUUCUUUCGAUAUCCUAUUAUGUCAGUUUUAGAACACUAUUCCACUCAUUCCUCUGUUUUGUUCGAUUGUGUUACAUGUUUUGUCGUUAGCUAUACAGGAUUUUCUUUGAUGAAAGUGUCCCAGAAACAUAGUUUAUAUUAUGUCAAUAUACACUUUGCAUUUUUAUUGUAUGACAAUCAUAUUUUUAUAUACUGUAGACUGAUAUGUAUCAGUUUGCUCAAUUCUGUAACCGUGGUGACCUUGCAGCAUUAAUGUUAACCUUUUACCCUUCCCUUGUAACAGAAAUACACUUUGAUGCAGGAGAUCAAAAGAAAUAAAUACACUUUUGUAUGAAGUAAAAGAAAAAAAAACCCAAGAUGUUUUAUUUCUUUUAUUGUAGUCCGGUUUAGCUUACAUAUCUUGUGGCUACAGACAUGGUUUCUUAAGUUACCAUUUUCCAUAUGAUAGUAUGGCCAAAUUGACAUUUGUAUUAGGUUAAAUUUCAUAUUUGAUUACAUUUUUACUAAUUUCUUGGUUUCUAAACAUUUUAACGUGAAAUAAUCUAAUUAUGGUAUAAUUUUGUUGUAAUAUUUAAAAACAAUAAAUCCUGCACCAAACUGUAUUUAAAUUCUGACAUCUGACAUUUUAAUAAUAAUGUAUUUUGAAAUUCUUUGUAACUAUGUAUUUUGUAUUACUUUUAUAGUUGUUUUUGAUAAAAGACAUUUUUAAAAACCAGGGUAAUUUUUGCAGUUCUUCAUUGUGUUUUGUCUUGAUAAUGACAAUGUUGCAGGAAACAAUGUCUUGUAGUCUGCCAUCUUUUAAUUUUACUCAUGUCUGUUUUAUGAUUAAAAUAUUAUGACCUUGACAAUUGGUGCACUUGCUGCUUACAGGAAAAUGUGUUAUAGAAAACCAUUAGUUUGUUAUUCUCGUUUGGGUAUUUCUUGCAAAUAAGAACACUUAUAGUAUGGAAGCUAUUUGUUUUUAGUGGUGUGUAAUAUUGUUUUUUAAAAUAAUAAUUAUUUAAUAAACAAUUUCUAUAUUUAACUUUCCACAGUGCCAGGACUCUUUAUUACUAUGAUGGGGGAUAUCCAUAUUGGUUUGUAAAUGUCUUAUUGAUACCAGGAAAUAAUUGUCUUUUAUAUGUAUCUUCCUGUGAGUAUAUUCAGUUGGGUUGAGAUCAAUAUGAAGAACAAAAUAAAAGCAUUUGGUGUAUGCCAGAUAUUAAAUAUGAAGUUUAAAAAAUAAAUACUAUAUAUCAGAUAUGCUUAUAAUGGCCAUGCAAAGGGCUCAACUAUUUUUAAUGGUCUUUUAAUUUAUUCAUGGACAUCUGCUAGAAAGCAUUGAGGCUGUGAGGAAUGGAUAGGCUCACAGUCACAUAUUUUAGUGCCUUGAUAGAUCAUUGCUAUGCUGAACACUGGACUCCAGUUUAAAUCCAUUAAGUUGGGGGGAUGUAAAACAGUUGCAUGUACUUGAUCCAGAGUGGGUGGGUUUACAUUGUGCUGACCCAUAAAUUUAAACAGCAUAGUAGCUUCUAUGACACUUUCUAUAUUUCUUGUUUGACUGGGGUUUUUUUUUUAAUCACUCAAAUAACUUUAGAUGGAAUGAACUUAAUUCAUUUUUAUUGACUUGUGAUUUUCUUGUUUUAGUAUCUGUUCUGUUUAAGCAGAAAUGUGCCAUAUGUAAUAAUUUUGUGAGAUACAUUGUAACAGUUAAAAAUAAUAAAAUCUAAUAUUUACUUUAAAUUUGUAAAAUUUAAUUUAAUAUUUAUCAGAAUUAGUUUUUAGUCUAACCAUGUUUGCAAUAUGAGAAAAGUCAAAUGUUAUUGAAUUUAUGUUUGUGAUCUCAUGUUAAAUUGUCAGAUGACAGUUUCUGUAGUAUCCCUGUUAGAAAGGAAACUUGUGGUUGUUCAUCUAGGGCCAAACAGAAAUAUAACAUAAAAAAAUCUGUAAAAUUAUCAGAAACUGCAUUUUAUAUUUACCAGAAAGCUGUAUUUGUAUAUUUUAUAUUUACCAGAAAUCUGUAUUUCUAUAAUUACAUACUUCAGAAAUAUGUAUUUCAUAAAUUUAUAUUUACCGGUAUUCAAAAUCUGUAUUUUUGUAAUUUACAUUUACCAGACAUUUUUAUUUCUAUAAUUUGCAUUUACAUUAAAUCUUUAGUCCAAUGAUUUAAAAACAAUUUACAAUUUAGUGCUUCGAUUUAUCCAUUUUAAGCAUACACAAGUCUUGACAGCUUAUUAUUUUGUGAUUUUACUUGAAUCUGACUGAAUAGAAAUUAACUGUAAAUCUAAUUAAAAUUAGCUCCACUAUUACAUGUGGAUCUAACACCAGCCAGUUGGAGCUCAUGUCCA